AUGAAAUUUUGGAAAAAGAAGGACAAGAGCAAGACAACUAUCAACCCAUUUGAGGAGCAGAGUGAUUCAAGCAGCUAUUCAACUGAGUAUCCACAGACACCCACAGCCAAUGCGGACACUUAUGGAGGAAAGAGUCGUUACGGCACUGCUGCUAUUGUCACUCCAGCCGCAAGAGAUGAAACACAGAACAGAAGCAAUCUAUUCGGUGGCUAUCAGGAGCCAAGAGGUAGAUAUGAUUCCAGUGGACAAGAAGACUCUUAUGGAGCAAGCAAGUUCUCUGAAGCUGAUGAGGAUCAAGAAGUUAUCCAAAUUCAAAACAAAAUUCGCAGCGUCAAGCAAGAUACAUUAGCUAGCACUCGAAAUGCUCUACAGAAAAUUAGCGAAACUGAGGCAACUGCUGCCAAUACGAUGAACAUGUUGGGCACACAAUCAACUCAAAUUGCCAAUGUGGAUCGUAAUGUGGAUAUGUCAAAGGCUUAUUCUGAUCGUGCUGCUAGUCAAGCGGGAGAGCUGAAGCAACUGAACCGCUCUAUCUUUAUACCUGUUGUCAAGAACCCGUUUACCAAAGGUUCUAGAAACAGAAAAGCAAUGGACAGAGUCCAUAGGGAUCAUGAGGAGCAUAUGGCCGAGAGAGACAACAUUCGUCAAUUUGAAUAUGGUUCUAGUGUCCGCAUUGAAGAUGCUCAAAGAAAAGCCAUGCGACUGAAAGGAGAAGAAGGCUACCAUAAAGGACGCUCGCAAUCGGAUCGCAACAGAUAUCAGUUUGAAGCGGAUGAGGAGGAUGAUGCGAUCGAAGAUGAGAUUGACGGCAAUCUGGACUUACUAGGUGAUGCCACUGCGAGAUUGAGAGCCAUGGCAACGACCAUGAACGAUGAACUCGAUAGUCAGAACAAGCAAUUGAAUAAGCUCAACAAAAAGGUGGAUCCUAUCAAUGCAAAGCUGAUGUCUACUACUUAUACUUUGAACUCUACCCGAUAA